AUGAUAACUACUUACAGAGCACAAGGUUGUAAAACUUUAAGCUUAAGACUUUGGUCCACCGCUCAAGAUGGCGAUCUAAAACGGCAAAAUUAUUUUCUUACAACAGAUGUCAUACUUAAUACUAUUCUUCAACCACCUCAUAUCCAGUUAUGUUAUGACUUUACCAGAAUGAGUCACAAUUGCAGCGAAAGUAAAAGAUCACGAAAAAAACUUUUGAGCCCUAAUACGGCCACCGUACACGGCGAGUAUUUUUCGAAUUCCUAUUUUAAAACUCAACCACGACAUCCCUACAUCAAACUUGGACGGGCCGAAAAACUGGAACAGGCACGGGCAAUGGCGUGCAAACAGAAAAGUGUGUACACUUGGAUUGAUACCUUUGAAAAAUUCCUGAAAGAAAACAAAAUAUCCUCUGACAGCCAAAUCUUUACCUGUGAUGAGUCUGGCUUCAAUGAAAUUGCACCUGCAGUCAUCUUUCCGGGUGUAAAUUUUAAUCCUGAAUACGCGAUUGGGUUUCCAAAAAAUUAUUAUCUUGAUGGAUGGAUGGAAACCGCGCAGUUCUUCAGGUGGCUUAGUACAGUACAGUCUGAAUCUAUUGUUCUGUGUACCUAUUCAUGCGAGUUUCGCGUCUGCGGUAGAUAUAGAUUACUAGAAUUACUAACAAUUCUAGUAAUCUAUAUUGGGCGAACUCUUUUGAAAAUUUUAAUUGCAAUUACAUUCAGACUGUACUGUAAUCACUUUGUGAAAAGCAUUCCGCCAUUACGAUCAGCAGUGUUGCUUGUGGAUGGCCACGUAUCACAUAUUGACUACCAUACAAGUCAGUUUUGUCAGCAAAAUCAGAUCUUGUUGUUCCGCCUACCUCCGCAUACCUAUCAUGCACUGCAACCAACUGAUCGCGGAUUCUUCAGUGUGUUCAAGCACAAUUUAUCGAAGCAAGCCUUUGACCAGUCAUGUCGAAACGAUGUCGUGAAAUCUUCUUUUCGUGCAACUGGAAUAUGGCCUGUAAACAGGUUAAACGUAGAUCACGACCUUUUUAGACAUGCAAACGUCUAUUUGGAUGCAGAACUAGAUCUUGAAAUCACCCCAGGAAAAAAUGAUGCUACUUUGCCGUCUGAACCAAGUUUUGGUAGUGCAUGCGGGAUAAUCCAUCGGGGGUAA